AUGCGACAAGCUCAGAGUGACUACCCCCACAUCUAUGGACAGGCCUCAGAAGGUGGUAGUGAACAUUCGUCGCGUUUGCAAGCUGAAGUACAACGUCAACUGGAAGAGUACAAUGCUAAGCACAAAGAGGAGAUGAGAAAAAUGGCUUUGGAAGUCGAGUACUUGAGAAAUGAGCGUUUGCAAUGGGAAAUGAGGGUGAUCCGCGUCAACAGCUUCCAGGUGAUCCUUCUCAACAGCUUCCAAGUGAUCCUUCUCAACAGCUUCCAGGUGAUCCACGGCAACAGCUUCCAGGUGAUCCACGGCAACAGCUUCCAGGUGAUCCUUCUCAACAGCUUCCAGGUGAUCCACGGCAACAGCUUCCAGGUGAUCCACGGCAACAGCUUCCAGGUGAUCCUUCUCAACAGCUUCCAGGUGAUCCUUCUACACAGCUUCCAGGUGAUCCUUCUCAACAGCUUCCAGGUGAUCCUCCUACACAGCUUCAUGGUGAUCUUCAUGCUCAGUCCCGCGGCACAGUCUACCGAGUACACGAAUGUUCAAUACGAGCGAUCUGGCUGCGGUGGAGUAGGUGUUUCUCAGAAUAGCUCGGGUGCCAAUGAUGGACGUGAACCAGACCCUACCAAGCAGCCAACGGCACAGCAGUGGCUUGGUGGAGACCAGAAACCGGAUCCAAUGGCGUUGCUGGCUGGAGGGAUGGCGCAGCUGCAGGCGGUUAUGCUUCAGCAGUUGUCCAAUGAAAAAGACCGUUCAGGUGAAAAGAGUCCGGAGACAGUGAAGCCUGGAGUGUCAACACUUCCACUACUUCCCCAAGUUUCGUCCUCUACGGCUUCUGUGGACAUUAUGGACUGGCUGGAGUUGAUUGCAGCUCCAAUGUCUGACUUGAGUGACGGCUCGGGUGAAUGGUGGACCCUGGUGAAGAAGGAAGCGUCUAAGGCGUACCAGCUUUGGACAAAUGCGAGUCCCAUUGAGAAGCUGAGGAUUAUGCCACCACAAGUCGCGGAGCUAGAGACGGGGCGUUGGAGCAGGGUUAACUCGAGGGCAUCCUCGAUGAUUCUACUUGCCCUUCACGAUUCAGUUCGUCAAGAGAUGGUUUCAAGACGUUCCACCGGCUCGGCUACUGCGCUGCUAUUCCGUCUCCUUACGAUCUACCAACCGGGAGGGCAGCAGGAGAAAGUCACUAUACUCCAGAAUCUUCAACAACCGGGAGAGGAAAAAGAUCCUCACCAGGCAGUGGCGGCGCUGAGGGCUUGGGCGAGGUGGCUUCGACGAUGCCGAGACCUUGGGGUCUCGGCUCCAGAUCCGAGUCUCCUGGCAAGAGGACUGACGAGUAUGACCCGGUCAGUGCUUGAGCGAGACCAAGAAGUAAGCUUUCGUACAAGCCUGGUUCGAAGCAACUUGCUGGUGGAUACGAAGCCGUCCUACGACUCAGUGGAUCAGUACUACCACCACCUUUUGGCCGAAUGUGAAGCCAUGGCUGUGAGCUCCCAGACUUCAGGUACUACGAGCACAAGCACUCCAAACAAGCCGGAUCCGAAGAUCAAGCCAAUGAAGCCGGAGCCAAAAGGAGGGACACCGCAGCCACCACCUGCACCUCCUUCGACGUCAAGGACUACUACAAGCGGUCAGGGUGGUGAAGAAGAAGUGGACAAAAGGGGCCAGGUUCCUUGUCGCUACUUCGGGAAGUCCUUCAAGGGUUGCGCCCGUGGAACUAAGUGCCCAUUCAAACACUCUUGGGAAGGCAAUGAGAAAGAGAAGGCUGUGCGUUGCCACCUUUGUGGAGGCAAGCAUAUGGCUAAGGAGUGCCCGACAAAGAAGCCGAGCACGCCCUCCUCUACCUCUUCUGCGACACCGGCGGGUACACCCAAGGCAGCUCCGAGCAAGGCACCGCCUCCAACAACAACCCCACCGUCGACUCCAACGAAGACCGUCCGAAUUGAUGAACGGGCCCAGGUUCAAGAAGCUCCUUCGUCCUCUACAUCGACCACUCACGAGACGGUCCCGGACCUAAAGGAAGUCUUGGCAGAUGUUGGAAAAAUGCUGAAGGUGAUGACAGCGUCUUCUUUGCGAAAGUUCACCGUAAAGGAUAUGGAAAGUACCCAUGGUGCUAGCAUAAGGAGCCUCACAGCUGCUGAGGAAGGCAAUGGUCCUGAACCCGCGGGCUCAACAAUGGCUACCGGUUCGGGAACUACACGGAGUUCUCAGUCUGAGGAGUCUGAGGUGGAGGAACAAAGUGAAGGUGAAGAUGAAGGACCCCGAGGACUUUUGGACAGUGGCGCAAGCCAUGCCCUUAAGCAGGCAACCCAGGAGGAGUACGAUAAGGGUGUCCCAGUGAAAGUUACGCUUGCGGGCGAAGAUACCAGAGUCCUACGUCAGAAUGUUUGCGGCACUGUUCUGGUCACCAACGACGGCAACGAACGCAUCCAACCAAUUGUGCCAAUGGGAGCGCUGAUUGAGGACCUUGGUUGCAGCCUGCAAUGGAAUCGAGGAAGGCUAAAGCUCAGGCAUCCGACGAAGGGCUUCAUCAAAAUCUACCUCAACAACAACUGUCCUGAAGUGAACUUCAAGGAAGCCCACAAACUCAUAACAGAGUUGGAGAAGAAACACUUGGCCCAGCUCAGCUCGCAGGUGAACUCUUUGACUGCGAGACUUGAGGUGCUUCGAAAAGAAGAGAAGAGGACGUGGGAUGAGUUGAUGAAGGAUUAUGUGAAGACUGGAUGCCAGGCCACUAUUUUGCGAGCCCUUCUUCUAUGUCCUGUGACAAAGGAUCUCCCAAGUGAGGUGCAUGCAAUGCUUGCCGAAGGCUUUGAUCCGGACGGCGGUGAACGAUACCUAAAGGACCUCCCAUUGUCAAAGAGGAGGAGGCGUGCGUUGAUGAGGUCGAGUUCGUGGGUUAUUCACCUUCAUGCUGGAGACGGUGAUGGAGAAAAAGGGCCUUUCAAUGUGAUCUCCAGAGGUGGAAAGAUGGUUCUUGAGAUUGACGCAAAGGCUUCAAAGCAAUGGGACUUGCACCGCAAAGAAGGAGCUUAUCGAAUGUUGCUAUGGGCAGCGGCACAAGGGAAGAUCACAGAUGUAACUGGUACGCCCCCACACACUACGUGGCCCACAUCAAUGGCGCCGACCCGAGGACCUGGAUCCUAUCCGAUGAGGACUACAACGUCACCCUAUGGACAACAACCCCUCCAACCUCUACAGCAACAUCGAGUUGAUCAAGAAACCGCUAGCAUUGCCAAACAGCUGGUUGUGUGGAUGAUUGCUUCAGCGAAAGGACGCGGGGAAGUUGGGUUCUUCAUGGACAUGUCCCAGGAUCCUGAGAAGUUGAGGGCGGACCAACCGGUGCAAGCAUCCUUUUGGUCAACUGAGAUGUGGAAAUCCUUCAAGUCUGUCAGCGGAAUGAAAAGGAUCGACUUCUACAUGGGAGCCUACGGACACAAGGCAAAGAGGCCAACUACCGCAGCUACGAACUACCCGGGGAUGCUCCAUAUGAACAACAACUGGGAUUUUUCAAGUAUAUGUGUGCCGUCAUCACUCUUGAAGUACGAUGAAAUGAUCAAAUGGUCAAGGGAGUUCAAGGAAAUCCUCGCGCAGAACAUCCUGGGCUGCUAUGAUGAGGCUGCCAUGUUUGAGGAGGAGAUCAAGGAUGAGGAAGCCAGCCUUAAAAAACUAACCCGAGAACAACGACGGGAAUGGAGGGACCACAUCCACAACGAUCACCAACCUUAUCGACCUGAUUGCUCGGUAUGUGUUAAUGCACAGGCCACUGGUUACCAGCACAAGCGGAGGAAGUUUCCAGGGAUGUACGCGGUGGCAAUGGACCUGGCUGGACCUUUCAAAAAGAAAGGACGUGACAUGGACUUCGAUGACUACAAGUACAUUAUGGUUGCUGCUUAUCGCUGCCCUCGUCAGUACUUGAGUUCCAUGGCUUUGACAGAGCUUGAGCGUGAGCUAUAUGUUCCUUCUGAAGACGAGGAAGUCCCUGAAGGUGAAGAUCCUUUGGUGUUGGGGGAAGAUGAUGAGAAGGACCCGGAGGCCGAGGAGUCGUCAACCGAGGAGGCCGAAAAAUUGGAAAGCGAGGUCGAAGAGCUCACUAAGAAAGUGGAUUACGCCACGAUCUAUGUGACGCGCUGUUUGAGGAGGAGAACUGGACCUGCGGUACUACAAGCGGCUAAAGAAAUCCUCCUACAGCUACGACAAACUGGUUUGCAUGUUGCUCAUGUACACACAGACAGAGCCAGGGAGUUCAGGACAAAAAUGUUCAAAACCUGGGUCAACGACGAGAAGCUCAGGCAUACGAAAACAGCUGGAGGCGACCCGGCAGGGAACAGCACGGCGGAGCUGGGUGUGAAGUGGGCGAAGGCUCGUGUGCGAAGUCUACUUCGAAGCGCAGGUGCACCACCAGAAGAUUGGCCUAUGGCAAUGGAUCACGCAGCGAGUAGCCUGUGGUCAAAAGCUUUUCCGUCAAGCUCAUGGACAAACCCUCCAGCAGUUGCUUUUGGCACAGAAGUGUGGUUUCGGGCAAAGGCCUACAAAGGGAAGAAGGAGAAGAAGUAUGACCCCGACGGCGUUCGAUGGAAAAAGGGGCUCUACCGUGGCCCAUCAAGGGAAGUCAGCCGAGGCCAUCUAAAUCAACGUGAAGAUGGAGGACUUGUGGUUGCGAAGGGAGUGAAGUUCAAUUUGGUGGAACCGGAACGGGACCUGCAAGAUCUUCUUCCACAUGCUACUGUACAAGGAGAAGUUGAAGGUCUACUUGAUUAUGAUCUGCCUCCUUCCAAAAGGCAACUACGGGAAGAAAUUGAGUUUGUCUCCAGGAAAGCGAUGUCCGAGAACAACUACACUACGGAGCAGGUUGUCGAGAUCUACAACCUACUUGAGGAGCUUGGAGACGUUGAUUUCCGAGCGUCAAAGAAGACUUCUAUGACGACAUGGUUCACCGGGGCAUUCGUGCAUGGUGGCAAGGCAGGCGUCCGUUCCAAUUUGAAGGAGUACCCAAUGACAACAAAGUUCCUCACGACCUUUGCGAAGAAGUUCAGUGGUGAAAAAACAUUCAGCGCUUUGGGAAUUACUCGGAACACAACCUUGGGAAUCCAUCGUGACUCCCACAAUUCGAGGGAGACAUCAAAUAUGGUGUUGCCGUUGACUGAGUUUGUGGGAGGGAACCUGUGGAUUCAAGACGGUGAUGCUGAUCCUUCAGUCGCAAUCGAGAAGGAACUUUCGAAUGGGAAACAGGUGCUGGGACGUGUGCUGAACCUGGAAAAGAAUAAGCUUGUGGAGUUCUCCCCCAGUCAAUGGCAUGAAGUUCAACCAUGGGAUGGAGAUCGGGUUGUGAUUUUGCUAUAUACCCCAAGGACUUCCAAGCUCCAGGACGAGCAUUAUGAAGAGCUCCAAAAGGCCGGGUUUGUGAUCGACAAGGCCAGUGCAAGCACUAAUGAUCCCGCGGAAGAUGAAGAGGAUGGCGAGGCAAUGAUUAAGCGCUUUGAGGUUAAUGAAGUCAUUGAGAUGAUCCAGGCCUUUAUUGAAGUUGAUGAGUUGGACUUCCUUGACUUUAACUCGAGGACCCGUGAACGCGCUUUACCGCGAACGACCAUCAAGAAAACCGAGGUACAGUGCACCCCCAACAUUGAAGAGAUUCUCCAUGACUUGGAGGUGAGCGGCAAGCCUUUGGAAGUUACUCACACAAUUAGUUUGGGUGACGUGAAGAAGAACAUCUCCAAGUGGUAUGAUUCUGCAGUGAAGGAGUUCACGAACCUUAGGGAUAAAAAGAAGGCCUUCAAAGUUACAAAGAGGUGGAAUCUUCCAGAAGGGUGCAAAAUUGUGCCUUGCAAAGGUGUGUUUACAGUCAAGCCAGAUGCCUCACCCAACAAAUACAAGAGGAAGACUAGAUUUGUGGCUUGCGGAAACCAUGUUCCUGAAGGAAGCAUGAUGCCAGAAGGUUUUGACCUGUUUGCUGCCGGGCUGGAUUCCACUUCGUUGCGGACAAUGUUUGCGUUCACAGCAGGUUCCAACUGGCUCACCGGUACGACAGACAUAAGACAGGCCUUCGUCUUGGCUCCUUGGCUGGGGGCUUCGGUUGCAUUGCAACCACCAAACAUAGCCUUUGAGCUAGGCUUAGCAGAGCCUGGAGACAUGUGGGAAGUUCUGAUGUCAAUAUACGGCCUCAGGGAGGCCCCAGCUCUAUGGUCUGGAUUUCGAGAUCAGGAGCUACGGGCGGCACAAUGGGAGGCAAUGAUUGACGGGAACCUCAAGCGCCUCAGGCUUCAACAGCUGGCUUCAGACAACCAAGUUUGGAAAGUUGUUGAUAUGAACGAUCCAGACAAGGCUCUUGGGUAUGUGAUGGUGUAUAUCGAUGACCUCUUGAUUACGGGACCCUCAGAGAUCCUCCACUCCUUCUUUGCAUGGGUUUCAGCAAGAUGGGAAUGCGACGAGCUAAACAUCCUGAAGGAGGAGAAUCCCAUUCGGUUUUUGGGUUUGGAAAUCCAUAAGGUUCCAGGAGGAGUCGAAGUUGCGCAACAUGGCUUCAUCACCGAGCUACUCAGAGCAUAUAACCACAAAGGGUCGAGGUCGUGGUCUCAAGGUUCAAGAGAUUUGAUGGUGUUGACGCCGGAAGAAGAAGAGGCAAUCCUCAAUGCAGAGCCUGUGAACCUAGAGGGACGUGAAGCAGAAGUUAAGCAGGCACAGAAGCGAGUUGGAGAACUUCUCUGGCUUACUGGACGUUCGCGCCCGGAUCUACAGUAUAUAACUUCGAUUAUGUCCUCAAGAAUUACAAGGGCUCCAGAGAUUGUGAAUGAGUUGGGGAACCGUUUGCUCGACUACUUGUACGAGACACAGUACUACCGCUUGAAGUUCGUAAAGAUCGAUGAUAGCGAGCAGAGGCAGCAGCUCAUCACUCUUAGCACGGCUGAGAGUGAAAUGAUUGAGGCUGUGGACGGAGAAACCCAACGAGCGGACAUUGGGACAAAGGCACUUCCCAAGGACAGAUUGAAGAAGCUGGUUGAUUUGUGGGGCUUGGCAGACAGACGUCCUCCUCGUGUUUGUGGAACGGUGGCAGCUUCGGAAAGCACCAUUGAAACUGGGAUUGCUUGGGAUCUCUACUUGGUUGUUGUGGUGCUUGCAAUCGCUGUCAUUGGCUUGUGGGAAGGCUUUAAGUUUUGCUGGAAACGCAAAGAAGCUCAGCUCCGAGCGCUGAGAGCGAAAGCAAACAAGGCUUUUCCACAGAAGUUGACCAAGACAGAGCUCAAGGAGCUACAGAGGAUAUUAGCCCUCGAUCCAGAAGAUCUUACCAGAGAUCAAUGUGCUUGCGUCUUCAUCCUCUACUGGUCGUAA